AUGAAGUUCCACUGAACCCAAACGCUCUCGGCUGUCAUCGGCGUCGAUGUUUUCACAACUCUGUCAGUCUGAGAGACGUCCGGACGCUUCACAGAGACCAAACUCUGCUCUGUGAACACUCAUACCAACACUUAAAGAACCCCACCUCCUUCUCCUCCUCCACCACGCUGAGAUGAACGAGGAGGUGGAGGAAUUGCAGCUGCCCGAGGAGGUGCAGGAGGCUGAGGGUCAAGAACUGCAGGGGAAGGAGGAAGUGCAGCAACAGGAGAUGCAGCAGCAAAGUGAGGAGGUGGAGUCUGAGGAGGUGCCGCAGAAAGAGGAGGGGCAAAAUGAAGAAGAGGUGCUGCAGGUGCAGGAGGAGGAGGAGGAGAUGCAACAGGAGCAGGACGAGGUGGUGCAGCAGGUUGAGCAGGAGCAAAUGGAGGAGGAGCAGCAGACUGAGGAGCUGCAGCAGACGGAGGAGGAGGAGGAGCAGAGGCAGGAGGAGGAGGUGCAGGCUGAGGAGAUGUCACAGACUGAGGAUCAGCAGACGGAGGAGCAGCAGCAUACUGAAGAGGAGCAGCAGUCUGAGGAGAAGCAGCAGCAGAUUGAAGAGGUGCCGACUGAGGAGGUGCAGCAGACUGAGGAGGUGCAGCAAACAGAGGUGAAGCAUAUUCAGGACUUUGAGGACGCUCUGGAGCAGAACCACAACAACCAGGUCCUGAUUCGACUCAGAGGGAUGCAGAAGUAUAAAAGUACAUCGCAGAGGCUGAAGGGGGUCCUGGAGCAGAUGGACCGGGGUGUCGUGGACCUGCAGGAGCUCCGCAGGAACCUGGAGCUCGCUGCUGCCAUGUUGGACGCUGUUUACACUGAUGAGACCAAGCGUCUGCUGGACACCGAGGACGAGCUCAGCGACCUGCAGGCGGAGUCAGUGCCCAGCGAAGUUCGUGAUUGGCUGGCAUGUACCUUCAGCAGGAAGAUGGGCGUGGCCAAACGUCGCCCCGAGGAGAAGCCAAGAUUCAGGAGCAUCGUCCAUGCAGUGCAAGCUGGGAUAUUUGUGGAGAGGAUGUACAGACGGACGUCCAACAUGGCUGGUCUGACCUACCCUCCCACAGCUUUGACAGCUCUGAAGGAAGUGGAUCAGUGGUCGUUCGAUGUCUUUGCCUUCCACGAGGCCACCGGAGAUCACGCCCUCAAGUUCCUGGUCUACGACUUGCUGACCCGCUAUGACCUCAUCAACAGGUUCAGGAUCCCGGUGCAGGCUCUGGUGCAGUUUGUUGAAGCUCUGGAGAACGGCUACAGCAAACACAGGAACCCCUACCACAACCUGAUCCACGCCGCUGAUGUCACUCAAACCGCACACUUCCUGAUGCUACACACCGGACUGAUGCACUGGCUCAGCGAGCUGGAGAUCCUGGCGAUGGUUUUUGCUGCAGCGAUUCACGACUUCGAACACACAGGAACCACCAACAACUUCCACAUCCACACCAGGUCAGAAGUGGCCAUUCUGUACAACGACAGGUCGGUGCUGGAGAACCACCACGUCAGCGCCGCCUACAGGCUGAUGGCAGAGGAGGACAUGAACAUCCUGGUGAACCUGAACAAGGACGACUGGAGGGAGCUGAGGGCUCUGGUUAUAGAGAUGGUGAUGUCCACAGACAUGUCCUGUCACUUCCAGCAGAUCAAGACCAUGAGGAACUCCCUGACACAGACACACAGUCUAGACAAAGUGAAGGUUUUGUCUCUGAUGCUUCACGCUGCAGACAUCAGUCAUCCAGCCAAAGCCUGGCCGCUGCACUACCGCUGGACUCACAGUCUGAUGGAGGAGUUCUUCAGACAGGGAGAUAAAGAGGUGGAGCUCGGCCUUCCUUUCUCUCCUCUCUGUGACCGCAAAGCCACCAUGAUCGCCCAGUCACAGAUAGGUUUCAUUGACUUUAUCGUGGAGCCCACUUUCAGUGUUCUGAUCGACACAACAGAGAAGGUGAUUGGUCCUCUGAUAGAAGAAGACAGGAAGGCCAAAGAAACUGGAAACAGGAGGUCCAGCCUAACAGGAAGCGGUACAGUUACCGUGGAGUCGGUGCAGAGACACAGUAGUAAUCGCCACGGGAACAGCGAUGAUGGACAGUUGGACUUUUCCCUGACAGCCAUCGACCUGCCGGCGAUGAAGCUCCACCUAUCCAGCGUCAUCGGCAGCAACAAGGACAGAUGGAAAGAGCUGUCUGUGCACGAGCUGGCCAAUAAGGAGAAAGAGGAACAACAGGAAGAGGAGUCUAAUGUCAACUCAGACAUCCAAUCACACGCCUCACCCAGUCACAGUGUCCUUGAUGGACAAACCUCUGACCAAUCACAGAACUCUGAGGCCUGUCCUCCUGAUGAAACACAAGAAGACAAGUCACCUGUCCACCUGACCUGGAACGGGGCGGGGCCAGGGGAGGAGAAGGAGGAGGACGGUGAUGAAGUGCCUGAAAACGCCUGAUGGCGCUCCAUCUUGAACUCACCACUGUAUCUGACUGUGGCUGAUCACCAUGUCAACAGGUGGUGCGGUGCAGUGACAACGAGGGUUCAGACUCUUCUGUUUAAACACAGCAGCCAACUCAAAGGCCCCUCAGUGGCCCCUAAAGGGCCACUAGACCUUAUGUUUACAACUGACCAUGAAAAUAUCACAUUCAAAGUGACGACAUUCAUCAGAUAACAGCUUCUUAGCAGCUUCACGGCCCAUGGUUCACUGUGGUGAAAGUGUUUAUGAUUUUAUUAGCAGCUCAGAGGAACAAUGUCUGUGAAAUUAGUGGAAAUAUCAAAAUUUGAAUAAAAAUAAAGACAGGCAGGUGAAAACCAAAGAGUGGCUGUUGAUGGUUGAGGCAGGCUUAAUGUCUGUCAGCUGGAGGAAUGAGACAUGGAGCUGUGAAGACGCGGUUGUGGAGGUUUUGUGAAUGAAGCCGAGCACAGGGACAGGUGUGUGGUUGUACACCUCUUAUGUUAGAAGUGAUUUCUGCUUCAUUCUCUGUUCUGGGAUCAUAUUAUUAAGCAGAUUGAGCUUCUGGCCACGCCCCCAAAUAUGUGAUGUCAGAGCUGUCAGAGAAUCAUCAAAACAUCCUCCAGGAUAUCGGAGCUGUUUUUAGCCACGUUAGCGGCAGAGCUUUGACUCCAGACUGAGAUAUUGUUGGAUUGUUUGCUGUGAAAUUGUGUACAGACAUUCAUGGUUCCUGAAGGAUGAAUUGUAUCUACUUUGGUGAUUCUCUGACUUUUCCUCUAGCGCCACCAAGAGGCUGUUUUAUUUUUCUUGUAGUGAAGUGUCUUAACAACGAUGAAUUGUAAUAACUUUGUGUCUAGCGCUGUCAUCACAUACAUGAGGAAAAAACCUGCAGAACUGAAGACAUUCCUAUUAGCCUCAGCUGUACAAUGUGCUUAGUACCAGUUAGCAAUGUUAGCAUGCUAACACCCUAAACUAAGGCCCCAUCUACAUGUAUACAGGUAUUUUUGAAAACAUUUAUUUUCCUCUUUGUUUUGGCCUUGUGUCCACAAGCAAACAGAGUUUAGUCAGGACCACUUUAGUCAAAGAAAACUUUAUUUCCAUUUGCAGUAUUAUAUUUGGUGGUAUGGCUCUGUUCUGGGGCCUCUCUGCCUUUCCCAGGCCUACUCAGAAAGCCUAAGGUGAAGAGAGCACACUGUUCUGCCCUUCCACGCGCAAACAAGGAAAGCCUGAGACAAAGGGAGCAAACCUCCCUGCCCUUCCAUGCGCCUACAUGGAAAGCCUAAGACAGGGAGAGCAACAGCAAAGACCCGCCAGGAACAGAACAGAGCAGCGUCAAUGACAAACAGAAAUGACAUUGAUAAGUCAGACACAGCCUGAAAAGGAGGAGCUGGGGUGGAGGCAGGUUGUAAAGCAGCUUGCAGAGGAAGCAGCAACAGUAGGCAGGCCAGAGCAGUUUAAAUAGGGCGCCCUGAAUCACUUCUGCAUUGUAGUGUGUACAGAGAUAUUUUGUAAAAUAAUUGCUGUGUGGACAGAAUUUUCCUUUUUUUAAACGGAGGGGGAAAAUAUUCAUUUUGAAAAUAUCUGCAUAUGUGUAGACGGGAAUGUCAGAAUGUGAACUUAUUAAACAUUAUACCUGCAAAACAUUAGCAUGUUAGCUUUACUAUUGUGAAAGUAUUUAGCUCAAAGCACCGCUGUGCCUAAGUAGCCUCACAGAGCCGCUAGCAUGGCUGUAUACUGUUAGCCUUGUUGUUACUUGAUUGGUCAGUGAUAUUUUGUUUCCUAGGACGGAAGUUACAGAUGAGGGGAAAAGCCUUUACACACCAGGGAUGGAAGAAAAAAACAAACAUAAAAAAUUGUUGAUGAUUGUUUUGCGUUCAACCUUUCCCACCAAGACCGACACAAAUGUUGGUGUUCUUGUACUGAAAAUGAAAGGUUAACACAUCAUACAGCCGUUGACUGACCAUGUGAACAGCAUUAAUAACUAAUGUAACAUUAUUGUUUAUCCUAUAUAAUCAGGUUUUAUAGUUUAACUUUUACAAUGACUACAUAUCAUUUUUGACACAUAAAUCCUCUACAGCAUAACGUUAGCCAAUGCACAUGGAUGUUAAUAUGUUACCUAAACAACGAAGUGUGUUUAGCCUAACUACUCACUGUCACAGUUAAGUUUAACUGCUAAGUUACACUUUCUCAGAUGCUCUGUUUGUGUUUGUGUCUUUAUAACCUUGUUUGUCACUGUGUUGUGAGACCACAAAUUGAUCAAUUAACAAUAUAGAUAUAGUUAUGGGACAGUAUAAAGACAACUAUGAUGUCGAAGUCCAAGAAAAUAUAUUGAUCACAUGAGCAAAAGUUGUUGGCCUGUUUUUAUGGCAUUUGAAAUUUGUGGAUAUCUAACCAGCUGUGCAAAUAAAACAAAAAACAAAUAAACAAAAAAAAAAACUGCAUGGCAAAAUACGAACGUUUUGGAUUCAGUGUGGAAAGGCUCAUAGAGAUCAAAUUUUUUUUUUACCUUAAUGUGCAAUUAAUACGCACAAAUUAAUCACUCUUGGUCUGAAAAGACCUUAAAAAUGGUACUUUUUUUGCUGUACAAUCUUAAAUGUGUGUUCAGACUGAACACAGAGCAGCUUUCAGAGACGAUGCGAUAAAGCCAAUCAAAAGAUGCACAUGGAAAAUCAUUGGAGUUGGUGUAAAGUGAUGUCAGUGCAAGCUGAAAUUAUUUCAGCACUCAGCUUCAUGACCGUUAGGUUAAAAAAAAAAAUAAAGAAAAAAAAAAAUGUGACCAAAAGCAGAGCAACCACUCGUACAGGUGUGAAAAGUGAAUUUCUUUUGUUUCAAUUGCAUGACUUUCACUGCUGGAGUGUUUUUGCAUUUCAUGUGCAAAUGGCCAGUGUACAGAGCUGUGGCUGUUAGCUGACUAACAAUAUGUACCAAAUAUGUGUGUUUAAAGCAAACUAGAGAAAGUGGCUUAGCAAAGGUCAUCAUUGUGUCCCUGUGAAGAAGGUGACUAUAGUGCUAGCACUCGUAAAUCACAAUACCCUCUUAAAGACACAGUGAAAUUUAAAAUACAUUUCCCAAGAUCUAUGCCGGUGACCCUGUACUAGUUGUUCAGUAAUUACUUACAAUUAAAAAAUACAAACCAAACUUUCAUUCAAGGCUUUUUGCGGGCCCCCUCCCAUUGGGACCCUGGGUUAUCAGUCCCACGAAGGAUUUAAAUUCCUCACGUUGUUAUUCUCCAUUUUCCUCGAGAGUUCGUCACAUUACAGGAGCUGAAGAUGCUCUAACUGCUGUUUCACUGUGACUUUAAGAGAUGCAUUUGUUCUAAGCAGACCAAAUGUUUACCUGUACCUGUACCUGCUGUGACAUCACUGAUCGGGGUGUGGCCAAAGGUUUGAACCUCAGAGAGCAGCAGCAGUGAAUCAGUGGUUUCUAAUCAGAGUUUACAUGUGACCACUUUAACUGAAGCUUUUUUGUUUUCUUACAACAUGGGUCGUCUUGUACUUUUGGCCAAUAUACCCAUAGGCUAGCAUAACAUUGUACUCUCAGCCAUCAUUGUAGAAACUGUGGACACGAGCGCUCCCCAAUGGAAACAGAUUUACAGCAGCAGGGGAAGUGCGAUCGUCAGACAACACCAGAAUAUUCCUUUAAGCACACAGAUGCUCAGAGAUCAGACAGCUCCUGUUGCUUCGUUAAUAAAACUACCUUACUGUCACUUUCCUCUGACUGUGAAUAAAGAUGUCGUCCAUAUUAUCACCAUGGUGACAAGGGCAACAGAAACAACAGUGUCUAUAGCAACGGCCAGUGAGCUGAAGGGUGGAGCCAACAUGGCCGACAGUGAAAACUCUGUAGAUCCUCUGAGCACUGUGUUCGUUCAUGCAAUGUGUGCUAUAGUCAUCGUGUGCUCUUUGGCUCUGUGUGUGUGUGCGAGAAAGACUGAGUGUGUGUGAGUGUGUGUGUGUGCACUGUA